AUGCAAGGGGAAGAUAUAGAUCGAGCAGCCUUUCUAAGACUGAAAACCAAGGCUAUUUUCAACAGAUUGGAGCGCUUAAUCAAAGAGUUGGACUCAGACAAGCUGCACAGUAUGGACGAGUACAGUAUUUCGGCAACGCUAGAAUCUCUGGUCGAAUUGAAAUCCAACUUUUCUGCCGCGCAUACAAGCUUAGAGGAAUUAGAUUUUGACUCCAUAGCCAGCGAUUUGCCAAGCCACUUCGAUGCUGCUCUAAUCAACCUUAGGGCUAGCUUGCAACGCGAGAUAGGUAAACGUAGUACCUCUCAACAUUGCUCCACGUUCAGGAUGAACUCCAGUGAAGCCCAAUCAAUCGUCGUCAACGCCAAUAGUUCACGUCUACCUUUACUAACGCUGCCUAAAUUUUGUGGGGCCUACACUGAGUGGACAAAUUUCUAUUCGAUGUUCACGUCAAUUAUCGACAAGGACAGCGACCUCACAAACAUCGACAAACUACAACAUUUGUGUUCCUGUUUGAGUGGCGCUGCCCUCGACACCGUGCGCUCACUGGAAAUAAGCAAUGAUAAUUAUAAAUCUGCUUUAGAACUUUUGCAGAAGCGUUUCGAUAACAAACGUCUUAUAUUUCAGGCACACGUCAGGGAGAUAUUUGGGCUGAGCAAGGUGGAUUCAAACGUAGGCAUGCUCCGAAAGCUGACAGACAAGGUCACUUCACACAUUCGUGCAUUACAGUCGCUCGCAUCUAACGAGAAAAUUGCAGACUGCAUCAUCGUACAAAUGAUUCUCCAGAAACUUGACAAAACGACGCAGGCCAAAUGGGAGGAAACCUCUUCGAUCAGCGAGCUGCCAUCCUGGGAUCAAUUGACUGCAUUCUUGGAAAGGCGCUGCCGAAUGCUUGAGAAUGUUGAGCAUGCUGUUCAAGCACAGACCGGUCAGGCGUUAAGGCAUAGCAAAAACGACAGUAUUAGUCAAAGAAAAACGUUUGUCGCCUCCAAAGGCUCAACACGUGUUUGUGUAUUUUGUGUAUCACCCGAGCAUGCAAUUUAUAGUUGUCAACUUUUCGCAAAUUUAGAUCCGAACUCGCGCCUAGGGGAAGUUAAGUAG